AUGGCAGGCAGUUUGAUGAGAGAGCGAUUAUUUUACCCAUUUGUGAUUAUUUCAUUUUUCUUGUCUGUGAUUUUGCUGUUCCUGUGGAUAGAAACUUCAAAUGAAUACUUUGGCUUUGACUGGGUCGUUUUUCUAGGUACAGGAUACUGGUUCUUUUGGUCCAUUGUUUUGCUCAGUUUAUUUGGGAUCCUGGCUGCCUACUCUUCAUUGCUGGUGGUACUUGCAUUUUUGUUAGUUUGGGAAGGGUAUGAACUAUACCUGCACUGGUGUCAUAAGAUCGUGAUUCUGAUAGUGAUUAUGAUAUGCUCAUUUUUUCUCUGGAUUUUAUGCAAGUUCUGGCGAGACAGGUGGCUGACAGCUGGGCUGUCACUUCAGGUCUUUGCUCCUUACAUACACCUGAGCAGCAUAACUGUGAUGGUUAUCCUUUCCUGGCCUGUGGGCUUCUACUUGAUCCAUUUGGAAGAAGAAGCUAGAGUCAGAAGAUACAAGAUGGCACACAAUGACAGAGAAAGAACCAAGAGAUGUAAUAUAAUCACAAAGUUGAGAGCUCUACAGGUGGCUAUUGGAUUGCCUUUUUUCUUCAUCCUUUUAUGUCUCUAUGUUGUGCCAUUGGGGAUUCAUUCUCCCUGCAUUCAGGAGGAGGGUAAAUUGGGACCCAAGCCAGACUUCUUUGGACAUAGAGGUGCACCCAUGCUGGGGCCUGAGAAUACCAUGAUGGCCUUUGAGAAAGCUGUUGAACAAGGGGCCUAUGGGCUGGAGAGUGAUGUACAUUUAAGUUAUGAUCUUGUGCCUUUUCUUAUGCAUGACAGUGACCUGAGAAGAACAACCAAUAUUAGGGAGGUCAUGCCAAAUGCCUCCUUCACACACAGUAGCCUCUUCACGUGGAGUUUCCUGUCGACUCUGAAUGCAGGCAAAUGGUUUGUACGAUCACGGUUCAAACCAUUUUACAAAAUGAAACGCCUAUCAAAGGCUGAUCGUGAAAAAGCAGAAAAUCAGACGAUUCCAAGACUAACUGAUUUAUUGGAACUUGCACAGAAGGAACAAAAAUUUGUGAUAUUUGAUCUUAAUGGCCCUACACAAAAACAUCCUCUCAGAAACACAUAUGUUCGCCAUGUAGUAAGCGUGAUCCUUGCCUCUAAAAUUGAGCAACAUCUGAUUUUUUGGUUGUCAAGUUUUGAUAGGCAGUAUGUCAGAAACGCGGCUCCUGGUUUUCAGCAAGUGGGCCGGUUAUUUUCCAUUGAACGUCUUACAAAAGAAAAUAUCAGUAUAAUAAAUGUUGACUACAAGAGGUUAUUCUACAGUGGGUUGAGAGAUUAUAAAGCAGCUAACAUCACAAUCAAUUUAUACAUCGUCAAUGAACCUUGGCUCUACUCACUGGCCUGGUGCUCCAGGAUUCAUUCAGUGACCACAGACAACAUUCAGAUCCUGAGGCAGAUAAAUCACCCUUACUUCUUCAUGACACCAGGUUACUAUAUGUUCAUGUGGCUUUUCAUGGAUAGUGUUUCUGCGGUUCUCAUCGUUACCAUAUUUUAUUUUCAUUGGUGGAGAGAGCGGAAAAAAGAAAUGUUCGAUAAUGCCAGCAUUUACAUAGAUAUUCAGGAACCAGCAGCCCCUGACAUAGAAAAUGAGUCAUGGAAAACCCCUGAACAGGGGCCACCUUCCAGCCAGCCUAACCCCCCAGAACUUUCAGAUGUCCAAGCUUCCUCUGUGUCACAGAAGCCCCGAAGCAUGAGGCCCUCAGUCCAGCAGUAUCCCCCCCAGGAGAAUGUGAAACCACCAGUGCAAGGGGAUAGUGAAGCCACCAGUAUCCCCCAAGGGGAAGGUCAAACCAGCAGUGUCCCCUAAGAAGAACAAAUUACCAGUUCUUCCCAGGGGAGUCAUCAGACAGACCCUCCCUACUGAAUCACAUUGACUCCCCUGCCACAGAAACCCUGGGAUUCACAGUGCCCAUCAAAGAGGUCGCCAUCUGAAAAUCCCAGGAGACCUCCAUUGUUUAAUCCUCCUCCCAGGAAUCCUUUCAUACAGUGCAUUCCUUCUCUAGUAUGUCCUUCUCCUACAGGAUGUCCUUGGAGAAAAUUUGGUCAUACCUUGCCUUCUCCCACCUCUUCCUCUCUGCAUAAGGGUGGUGAUGGGUAAUCAAGGAAGGAGUGCAGAAGGGCCAUUGAGGCUCUCAGGAGGAUCACUGUGGUCUAGCGCUUUCCAUAAAGAAUGCGUCUUAAGGGGAUGGGCAAGGGAGUUGUGUGUGGUCUUGGAGCUGAAGCUAGUUCUGUAAUGUUACAGGGUUUCUCACCCUAACCCUUCAUAGCACUCCCUGCUAAAGGAAUGGCUUUGUGCAAUCAGCAUGGGAA